CACCCCCGGCCGCAUCCACUCCCCCGGCCCCGCUGCCGUCCCCGGCUCCGUCCCGCUGCUGUCCCCCGCUCCGUCCCGCAGCGCCCGGGCUGCUCCGCGCCGCGCAGAGGCACCAGGAUGGCUGUUCUCUCCAAGGAAUAUGGCUAUGUCAUGCUGACCGGGGCCGCCAGCUUUGUCCUGGUCAUGCACCUCGCCAUAAAGGUGGGCAAGGCCCGCAAGAAGUACCAUGUGGAGUACCCAACCAUGUACAGCACAGACCCUGAACAUGGGCAGAUAUUCAACUGCAUCCAGCGUGCACACCAGAACACGUUGGAAGUCUAUCCUGCCUUCCUGUUCUUUCUUGGCACUGGAGGAAUCCACCACCCAAGAGUUGCCACAGGGCUUGGCAUCGCCUGGAUCAUUGGGAGACUCCUCUAUGCCUAUGGCUACUACACAGGAGAUCCCAAAAACCGAAGGAGAGGGGCCCUUGGCUCUGUGGCUCUCCUUGGGCUGGUGGGCACAGGCAUCUACUCAGCCUGCCAGCACCUGGGCUGGAUCUGCGAGCACAGGUGCAGAAACUAAAGAGAGUUUUCUUCUGUUUUCCUUUAGAACACUUAGCUUCCUGUGAUUUUUCUUAAUAAAGGAAGUUGUCCAUUCUUUAUUUUCA